AGUUGUUUGCACUUAAUAAUCUGGAAAUCUGGCAACCGCUAUAAAAAAAAACAACGAUAAUCACUGUAUUCCCGGCAUGCACUGCGGCCCGCGAAUAUCCAAACAAAACAGCGCGUGACAAGCUGUCAGACUCGUAACUGCAAAGUUGUAACAUUUCGAAGCGUCAAAAACCAUGACAGACUGCAUUUUAAGGAAAAAAACAUGUGGAAGAUGUAACAGUGCCCUAAACUAACAGCGUGGUGAGAAUGACAAGGGGAAAGUGGCAAGACCGAGUGAAGGCGGUGGAGCAGAGGGCUCUAUCCUACCAGUCUGCCCCCAUCAGCUGCCCGUAUAAAGCUCGCCUGUCCCGGCCGUGGCAGCCGUCCUCUGUCUGGAGGCUGUUCCCUCGCCAGAGCGACGCCAUCGCCUUCAGCCAGCACUGCAAGCAGGAUGUGCAUGUGUUUGCUCUGGAGAAAGAAAACACAGGGGCAGGACAGAGGAUUUAUUUAGUGACCAGCUACACUGAGCUCUGGCACUACUACAGCUCACACAGACACUCGCUGAUGCACUGCUAUGAGGUGAUUCCAGAGGGCGCCGUCUGCAAGCUCUACUUCGACCUGGAGUUUGAUGUAGCUUCUAAUAAACACCUGGAUGGCACCAAGAUGGUGGCGUUGCUGAUUCAGUACGUGUGUGUGAAGUUAGAGGAGGUGUACGGUCUGAAGUGCUCAGAAAAGGACGUGUUGAACCUGGACUCCAGCACAGGAGAGAAGUUCAGCCGCCAUCUCAUCUUCCUCCUGCCCGACUCUGCCUUCAAGGACAACAGGCAUGUCGGCAGCUUCAUCCAUCACAUACUAAACCCAGCGCUGAAAUAUCUCCAUAAAGGCUCUCCAGAAAACAUUGACGAUGUCAGCAAGGGGCCUCAGUCGAAGAGGAUGAAGCGCGAUGAGGAGGACGAGGAAGACCUGGACUUUUUGAUAGUGAAGGGAAAGGAUGGACAGAAGCAGCUCUUUGUGGAUCUUGGUGUGUACACCAAAAACCGAAACUUCCGCCUGUACAAGUCGUCCAAGCUCGGGAGGAACGCCGCCUUCUCCGUAGCAGAGGAUAAUCGGUUUGUCCCCGUUUCCAACAAGCACUCUACAGAGGAGGAACGCAUAUUCCUGGCCUCUUUAAUCACCAACGUGAGCUUCACGUCUCAGAGGAUCCUGACACACGAUGCUCCAGAGAGGACUUCAAAGGAAUCUCAGUGUUCGGCUCAACCCAGAGGCCCACACAGCUCAGAGCUUGCGGGUGAUCAUCAGACUUCACCCUACAAGGAACUGGACGACUUUGUGCUGAAGCUGGUGCACAGGGACGGCAUUCAAGGAAACAUCAGGCGCUGGACGUACUUCGUAUCGGAGCAGCUGCUGGUGUACGACAUUGGGAAGUUCCGCUGGUGUUCUAACGUGGGUCGCUUCCACAAGAGCAACAACAUCAUGAUCAUCGUGGAUCUGAAAGAAGAAGUGUGGUACCAAAGGUGCCAUGAUCCUGAGUGCAGGAGACAGAGCUACAGGUCCUCUAGUUACCCUCUACCACAGGAAGUGUGUAUGAGCUACAUGCUGAAGGAGGACGAGGACGAUCAGCAGUUCCUCAUGGACGAGCUGGGAAACAUCGAGUUGAGUCCCAGUGGAGAAACAGAACCACAGCGUCAGAAGGAGAACACUCGGGAGUGUUGGGAUGAUGAUGAUGAUGAUGAUGUUUCAUACCUGGAGGCUCUGGAUGAGGUGGAGAGGACCUUGGAAGGAAAAGAGGAGAUUCCCGAUGAGCUCAUGAUCCAGGCGUUAACCGAGUGCGAGGCUGCGCUCGUCUGAGAGGCAGAGCACAUCUGGAAACGGCUAAAUGUUGUUAUAUUUGUGAGUGUGUGAGAGAGAGAGAGAAGGUUCAUGAUGUUGAGUCGAGUUCAGAAGAAAUAAAUGUAUUUA